CUGCUCUACAGUCCGGUCCUAUCUGCUGUGUGUCCGCAGUCUCUGGUCAUCUCCUGUACUGUGUCCGCAGUCUCUGGUCAUCCCCUGUACUGUGUCCGCAGUCUCUGGUCAUCUCCUGUACUAUGUCUGCAGUCUCUGGUCAUCUCCUGUACUAUGUCCGCAGUCUCUGGUCAUCUCCUGUACUAUGUCCGCAGUCUCUGGUCAUCUCCUGUACUAUGUCCGCAGUCUCUGGUCAUCUCCUGUACUGUGUCUGCAGUCUCUGGUCAUCCCCUGUACUAUGUCCGCAGUCUCUGGUCAUCUCCUGUACUAUGUCUGCAGUCUCUGGUCAUCUCCUGUACUAUGUCCGCAGUCUCUGGUCAUCUCCUGUACUGUGUCCGCAGUCUCUGGUCAUCCCCUGUACUGUGUCCGCAGUCUCUGGUCAUUUCCUGUACUGUCCGCAGUCUCUGGUCAUACCCUGUACUGUGUCCGCAGUCUCUGGUCAUCCCCUGUACUGUGUCUUCAGUCUCUGGUCAUUUUCUGUACUGUGUCUGCAGUCCAUUGGUUCAGAAUAUUUUUUUCCCCAGUUUUCUGCAU